AAAAAAUAUGUUUGCCCGGAGGAUGGCUGCGAUAAAGCUUAUAAUCGUCCUGCGCUCCUACGGCAACAUCAGCGCACCCAUUCGAAUGAUCGGCCGUUCUUUUGUCCCAAAGAAAAUUGUGACAAAUCUUUCUUCAGAAAGGCUCAUCUAGAGAACCAUCUUUUGUCUCAUUUACUGGACUCAGAGAAACCAUACCAUUGCUUUGUUUGUGGAAAAGGUAUGACAUCGCUACAAAAGCUCAAGCGGCAUGAGGCUGUUCACGUUAAAAGCUUCAAGUGCACAUUUGAGGGUUGUGAUAAGGCUUUCUUUGCGUGGCAGAGUCUUAGGCAUCACGUGGAGAUGGAUCACGAAAAAGCCCUAACAUGUGAACACUGCAAUAAAUGCUUACCCAACAAGCCAUCACUUCAGAGACAUAAACUAAAACAUCAUGGUGAGGCAUCACUGUUCUCAUGUGAACAUCCCGGGUGUUUUCAAUCAUUCAAAGAUGACAAUGCUUUAAAGAAUCAUAUCGAAAAUUGUCAUCCAAAACUCACGUGCAGCGAAUGCAAGAAAGUAUGUAUCGGGGGUGAAGCUCUAGCGGCUCAUAUGCGCACGCAUACGACCAAUAGGGAUAACUCUCCUUUGCUACGGUGUGAAGCUUGUGACUCACCUGCCCAGUUUUCAAACAGAGAAGAUCUCAUCAGACAUUACGAAGACUUUCACAGCAGCGCUGUGCUCUCGCAUGCGAUCAAAAUUGAAGAUGGAACAGACCUGCUUACACUGAAAAAGAUCCGCAGUGCCCAGUCCAUGCAGACCAUGUUAAGAGACGCGGAGGUGAAGUCUGAAACAAAGCAUACCGUCACUCAAGAAUUUAUACCAUCUCCGGAAAAAUCGUCCAUUAUUAGUUUGAUGAUGAACCUGAACCAGAAAGUUUAUACAUGCCCACGAAAAAAUUGCCAGAGAAAUUUCGUGAGGUUCCACGCAUUUCAAAAGCACAUAAAACGCCACAAUGCCGAAGUACAAAAAGCUGAAGAGUUUUUGAGAAGACUCGAAGAAGAAGAAAUUUCAAAAAAACUGAAAGCAGCUGAAGAAGAAGAUCGAAUUGAAGACGAAAGCCUGGAUGAUGACCACUUCUCGGAUGCCUUCGACUCUGAUGGGAAGGAAGGUGUAGAU